AUGGCCGCGAAAAAAAAUUACAAAGGGCGAAGCCCAAACGUGCAGCGAUAUCUGGAUAGUUGUGGCCGGGAUAUCGAUAUAUCUGAGAUGAUAGCCCCAAAUCUUGCUGCAGGAGCCAGACUUGCAGCCAAAAAUGAAAGCCAAGCUCUGGACGAGAAGACUGCCAGAACCUACGAGCUCCGGCUUAUCACACUGGAAGAGUUUGCGAAGAAGAACGGGGAUGAUGCCGUGCUUUUCGGCUCUAACAAGAGGCCAUUCUUAGCAGCGACAUUGCAAACGUUCAUGCGUAAGUGCUCAGUACUUCAGUAAAGUUUUUGAGACAGUUUAAGCGAUCUGCGUUUUGGGCGUCGGUUGCGGCUUUCUUGUCACAGAACCUCGUAUUUAACCAGUUGUAAUGCGUCAAUUUACUGUGUUUGACUGCUUUAUUCUGCAGCUUAUCGUAAUUAACAACGUGUCUUUUUCACUGCUGGGUCGGGCGGAUGACGGUCAAAUAAUCAGUAUGUUCUUUUAUUUCAUUGCCAAAAGAUCGUCCGGUCGAUGAAGAAAGGUUGGAAAAAGAAUGUACCUCUGAAUAACUUAACCACAAAAUCAUGUGAGUCGGAGUAUUUGGGUCGGCAUUUGUGCUGAAUACGGAUCGUCCAACAAUGCUGAAUGGAGUCCCCCUUUCAUAAAUUGUCAUACAGAGCGGUUAUUCUUUUUGAUCCUUAUUCUUUUAAUAACGUAAGGCGCUGGCCUGGUUAGUACGCAAUAAGCAUUUGUGAUCUUAGCCUAGUAGCAAUAGAGCAAACCGCACUGAAUAAACAGUGAGAGGCGCACUAAAAUGUGUUGCUCCUGUAUGUGCCACAGAUUGUGUUAUUGCAAAGUAUGGUAUUUUAAAACGUAAAGGCAUGCUUUUGAAACCAGAGUUCGCAAUAACGCAAAACAUGACGAAUGAAUGGUAAGUGGUUUGAAAUCAUCGCAAAAUGCGGUUAACCUGAAAAAACCACAGAUUGCGUUAUUGCAAAAUGUGGAAUUAAAAGAUUAAGAAUUUGUCCAUGCUUUUGAAACCACAGUUUGCAAUAACGCAAAACAUGGCGAAUGAAUACUAAGACAUAGUUUGAAAUCAUCGCAAAAUGCGGUCAACCUGAAAAAAAACACAGAUUGCGUUUUUGCAAAAUGUGGAAUUAAAAGUAAAGGCCUUAGUCCAUGCUUUUGAAAACCACAGUUCGCAGUAUUACCGUGCGGGUCAGUUUUUUUGGCGGGGGAGCGAAAUGGGAAAUGGCGCGAAGGCCGGGUUACCUUGAAAAUCCGAGUCGAGGUCAAAGCAGCCUGUUCCAAGCGUUCAGAUAGUGGAGAGCGGUGCGAAGUAAAGAUAGUUCCCCACUAUCUGAACGCCUGGAACAGGCUAAGGUCAAAGAAGCGUUCGGGAUUAAAAGCCUUUGGUUCGGUUUAUGGAGAAAAACUGAAGGUUCGAGAAAUCGGGAUUCUAGUGUAUUUGCACGAAAGUGAAAUGAAUUCAUCUUUCGCAAGUCGUUCGUAAGUGUAUUCGUAGCUUAUGAGCUUGUCUUUUGUGCGUUUGUACCAGUUUUGUCCACAGUGUACAGCAUUGUAAGUUUAUUCGGUGUUGAAUCGAGGCUUGUAUAUAUUCCUUUUCAGAGGUGAUGGGGGAAACAAAAGGAAAAAAGAUAGGUACCUUACGUUGUCGUGGGUUGAAGCCUCCUGUAAUCAGGGGCUAUGCCGCCGCGUUCGGUUACUGGUUUAGAACGUUUGGGCACACCGAACAAUAUAGCGAAGCCAUUAUCACAGCUGAAGAUGGCUCUCAACAGGUUAUCCCAAAGGGAAAUCCGAUGUCUUCGCCUGGUAAGCUAUAAAAUUACCUUCCUUUUUCUAAUUUAAUCCAAAAAUUUUUUGUUAUUUUUUAUAACGUUAAGCCUAUCUAAGUAUGGAUUCCUUGUCACACUUUUGCCUCAUGGUCAACUCCUUAAUUUUGAAUAUGGUGUGAUCAAAACAUGCAAAAUCACCACCCUUCAUCAGUACUAUAUGUUUUAUCAUUACAAAAUACAUUUACCAUCACUAACUAACCUUCUCCCCUUUUCAAAAACUAGUCAGAGAUUUCAACAGAUCUUUUCUUAUGGCCAACAACAACAGCUUGUGCUGUCCCGCCUUCCUUGUUUAUAUUCCCAUGGACCAUAUGCUCUCCCUUGUUUGUAAUACCGGCACUAGGACUGAAUGACCCAGGAUGUCUAGAACUGUACCUAAUUCUCCAUUUUCAAAUAUUUAUGGCGGUGUUAAGACGUUACCAUAAAAGUUAACUAACAACCUUUGUGCAGUGUGAAUAAUCAGUUUUUGCUAAAACAUGAAAUAGAAAAUUACCUUUGAUUGUGUUAGUAGCAUUACUUGGUUUUUACUGUUAAAAUGUGGGGGCUGGGGGUGCUUUAGCCCCCAGAUUGCUUAUUUCUUUUAAAAAAUCAAAAUAUUAACGCGAUUUAGAAAUGAGAAACUUUUGUGAAAGUGGAUGUUACUGUAAAUUUAAGUUCAGUCCAGCCAAAAACUAAUGGAAGAAGCCAAUUAAGAACGCAUUCGCUUCUUAACACGUUUGGCUGAAAAACCGUGUCUCAGAGUUUUGUCAAGUGCGUUUGUUCUGUUGUUAUAAGCAGGUGAAGUUAGGGAUAGCAAAUCGUUAGCACUACCUGUGAAAAAAAUACUUUAACUCGAAAACGAAAAAAGAAAUCAAAAUUCACAGACACUGUUUUUUAGAAAAACUACCUGACAGUAAGUUGGCCAAAUUUCAGCCAAAUUGGUGUAGGGGUCGCUGACUUGGAGUUUAAAACGUACCCUCGACUUGCCCUGAUUUUCAUUUCGAGAAAACAGUGGAAAAAGAUUUUUGGUGGUGUAUUACCCGUGACGAGAUUAUAACAGAUUAUAACACAAAAGCUGUCAAUGUUGACGCAUACCAGAGAAGAGACAACAAUAGUGACACAGCAUGAAAAGUUGAAAACGAAACCCGACAACAGAUGAACAAUUUAUUUCAAAGGCUCUGCUCUGUUCGAUCCUUUCUGUUGUCGAGAAAGCUUCAUUAGUUAUUUGCAACGGGCAGUUUUCAUUUUCGCACCGAACAAGCCAAGUGGAGCCAAGCGCACUUUUACUCGAUACAUUUUUUAACAGUUCGGCACUUCCCUGGAAAAUUCGACAGCAAACCGCUUCCUGGAGUUUUUCUUGAAGCUUCUUUCCCACAAUAGACUUUCAAAACAGUACUUCGUCCGAUUGUUAUAUGGCGCGGGACCUCUCAUGACUUUGUCUCUUGCUUGGCUGCUUCGCGGCCUAAAAAGCUCACUCCGCUCGCUAACAAACUCGCGAAACUCGAUUUCGCGGUAGUUUCAAUGGGUCUGUCAUCUUUAAGCCAUUCUUCUUGAUGGUAGAAGGAGCUCUUAUCGCUCUCUGCUAAUUUCGAAGCCCAGUCUUUGGCGGCAAAACGAUUUUGUCGUCUUCUUUCGUGGAGUCGAGAACGAAAACGGAUGAGCUCUUUUUUCUUCUUUGGAGGCAUUCACUUUCAAAAUCUAGGGAAAAACAGUGAGUACUAUACUUGUAAACCACGAUUUCUGUCAAAUUGCGUGAUAAGCUUGGUUCAACAGCGGCACGCGUAUCAAGUAUGACAGGACUUGUCAACGAUCAAUUAAAAUAAUUGGCAUAGAAAAAACUUUUGCGCUCCAUAAUUCUGCACAGAAAAAACGUUUUUUCCUGGAUUUUUUUUGAAAGAAAGCUGUUGAUGAGCUCUAUUUAAUAGUCUAAAAAUUGCAAAUUUCGAAAAAUGAUGAUUUUUUACCCUGGAUGAUACCUUAAUAUUGUGAUAAGGAAGUUCAUCAAGUAAUAGAUAGACCAUAGUGUUAAAUUUGAAUCAUAACCACUGAAUUUAAUUCAAAUCCUAGUUCAAUAGAAAUUUAAUUCAAUAACCAAAAUAUGUUGCUUCAUGACAAUAGCCCCUGAUUUUGCUAUGUAUAUCGUGGCUUGAUAAUCAAUGAAGAAAUGCAUGCAUGAAAAUGUGCCUUUAAAAAACUUGUACAAGGUUUUCCUGUCCUUGAAAGAUGAGCCAAUCUGGUUAGGCAUGUGAAGUUUUUGUGAAUGAACGAUUACUGAAGAACUGUUAUCAACUAUUUAGUCUUAUGUUGAUUAUAGUAGUUGAUGGUCUAAUUUUCUUCUUUAAAAUUUUAAUGCUGUGCAUGUUCAUUUACAAAUUUAUUUGAUAAUUUUUUUGAUAAUCAACUGGGUUAGGACUGUUGUUAUUUAAUGUAUGUGUAAGUCAUCGUUAUUGUCAUGUCAGUUACUGAGAAUAGUCCUCUUAGGACUACACCAAACCAGAUUCAUCAUGCCACAACCUAUGACAUGAUGCCUGAGUGUUCAAACAUUAAUUUUAGGUUGAAUUUAUUUCUUUUGUAUGCUCAAAUGACCACUGGAGGAACUUACCUUGUUCUGAUUUUUUUCUCGGUAAUAGGAUCUCAGGGUUUUACCAUCUUACAAGUAUGAUGCUUGGGCAAAUUCUAGCUAAUUUAUAGCCCUUUCUCCUUUGAGCAAUAAAUCCUCACAAUGAAGGGAUUUUGAUUGUAUUAUUUUCAUGCUUGUCACUAAUUCUGGGAUUUUUGGGAUUGUGUUUUAGCUGUUACUCAGACCAUGAAGCAGCUGGUGAAAAGAGCAAAGAGACCCACUGCUAAGGAUACGCGGCAUGGGAGAGUGCCUUAUGAGCCUAAGAAGGCUCCACCCUUUACAAUUCAGCAGAUGUUGCGUAUGCGUGCAUACUGCUUAAAUACAAUCGAGGUAAUUACGACUCAAGUUUAAAUCCUCUUGACCCUGCUUGUAAAUGGCUAACAGGCUGCCUCCUGCUAGUUAGGGUUCUUUUAUUCUAUUAUGUACCCAUUUGCAUUUCCUGUGUACUGGUUUAAGGUUAUUUUAAGUGGAGGGAUGCCUGUAAGUUACAAUCGCCUACAAAAUUGUUGAGACAUUGUACUAACUAAAGAUAGGGUAACUUCAGAGAACAAAAGAGUCCAAAAACCUCCCCCCUCCCUUCCAUUCAAAGUUUGGGUGUUUGAUGUUUUCUAUAGCUAGUUUGAACAGCGGCACAACAUUGCAUGGAGGGGAUGGGGGAGGAAAAGCUUUAUUCUCUCUUUUUGAAGUCGGUAAAAACUCAAAAAGCCCCUUUUGGUUGAGGUGUCUCAACUGCAUUUCCAUGUUAAACAAAACAUGUAUCAUUUUACCGCUGAUAGAUUUUAAAAUGACGAAGAUAAAUUAAAGACCUUGCAGUGAGUUGACUCGAUUGAAUGUGGCAAGGAUCUCUUUCAGCAGAGAGGGAGGUUCAUGUUAUCCCAUGUUUUUCCCUUUUGGAAAAUUCUGUUAUUUAUCUGGUAAGCCAAAGAUCUUACUUUAGAAGAACCACAAUAUAACAAAUGGCAAUGAGGAUGUGUAUUAAAAUAGUUUUCACGUCUAGUUUAAAAAGGUUUUUAAAGGUUGGUCAUAUUCAUAUAUUUCACUAUUGUUUGUGCAAGGAAUUUUGAGGACUUAUAUAGAGGUUAAAUUAAAAGGUACACUACAGGAGGCAAAGAACGUCUGUUUAAUUGACUUUGCCAUUGUGGAAAGUGAUAGCCAAAGUGUACCUAGGGAAUGUCAUUUCGAGUAGCCAGAAAAAUGUAACAGCCAGGAUUAAUUAUGAAAGUAAUUUAGUGAUCAUUUAAUUAUUUAUUUUACCAAUAGUUAGCAAAUACCUGCAUUAUUAAUUCAUUGUAGCUAAUAAGCUAAUAAUUUAACACAAGCUUUUAAAGCCUCUCGAGCCUUAAAGGGAAGGUGUGUUAGAAUCAAUAUUGAUUUUACCUGAAGAUUCCGCAUCUCACACAGCACCUUGUUUGAGAUGAAAUUCUUACAUAAAAUGGAAAGGUGUUUUUCCAGGUUUCACUUCAUCUGAUCUGUUUUAAAACUAGUUUAAAGAAUUUGUCAGGUAUUUUUAUUGCAUGUUCACUUCCCUGUAAGGCAAGUUAACAGCAAAAUUCAUUAGCCUGACGUCAAAAUCUGUUUGUCAUAUUAUAUUACUUAAUGCUUGUUUUAUAUGCUACCUAUUAAUUAUGAUAUAACAUAUUUAUAUAAUUUUUUUUCAGGGAUUACGAGGUUUAUGGUUGUGGACCAUAACUUUGUUCUCUUUUGCUCUGUUCCUAAGAGGGGAGGAACCUCUUCGACUGAAGGUUAAGAACCUGAGGUUACCAGCCAAUUUCAAUUCAGGUAUUGAAAGUUGUAUAUUCUAGGUUGUCUUUCAUAAACAAACAAAUGGUUAAAAGUUAACUUCUGUCACCUUUAUUUGGCUGUUUUAUGUGAACUGGUCACCCUGUAUUAGGAAGUCUCCCUCACAGCCGCUUUUGUCUUGACUCAUUGAACGUUCCUCCCCAACAUAUGGCAACUCACACUUGAUUCACAUUCCUUUCCAAUAUUGUUUUAUCAACCCACAGAAAUGACCAAUCAUUUAUUAUCAAACUGAAAAUGACAUCAGUUUACCACAUUUUCGUGCCAAGAAUGUGCCUGUCCCUGUGAUUUCCAGUUUUAUCAAAAACCCACAACGGGCCAGGUUCAGUUUUGAUUCGUAAACACUGAUUGUAGAAUCAUGGCAAAACUGAAAGACACAUUUAGCACUGAAAUGGGUGACUUCAAACUGUACAGUGCUUGGCAUAUAAAAGCUGGAUCAACAUUUUUUUUUUUGGCAAGAAACAGCUACUUAAUAUCAGUUUACAUGCAGAUGCAGAUCACAUAUUGCCUUUUGAAGCAUACUGCAUUUAAAAGAAAGGAAGAAAACACAAAUACUACUCUUAAUUAAGUGGAGAGAGACAUUAGGCAGAUCAGGUAUUCAAGUCCUGUAAUUAAUUUUAAACAUCCCAACUAGUUUAUUCAGUGAUUGCUUGUUAAAUUUUCACACUUGGCAGCAAGUGUUAAGUUUUGUCUUUCAAAAAAUAAUAAAAAUAGAAUAUAAUAUUAUUAAUAUUUUGUUAUUUGUAACAAAAUGCAGAAUUUUAACUGUUCAUGGGAAGUUUCUUUAUAUUUUGUUAAGAAAACUUAAUCUUCAGGAAGUCUCUUGUUGGUAGUUAGUCAAUUUCAAUCUAUUGUUUAGAGUUUUUUAAUGGAUUGUUGUUCUUGUUUUUUUUUGGAGGGGGAAGGGAGGGAGUGCUGGUUAUUCAAGUUGGGCACUUACUUGUUUUUCAUACCAACAGCUGGGAGGCUGGGAGAGUGGGUGGUUAAUGAAAUAAUUCGACGUAUAGGGGCAGUACAUACUGAGGAAUCGCUGAAUAAUCAUUAUUAUACAGAUCACUAGGCUAGCUACCAGUAAAUGUCUCCUGAUUUUUUACUUUUGUCCCAUUGCAUUUUAUUUUAUUUUAUUUCAUAAUCUGUAGGGGAGCCAAUUACAAUUCCAAAACGUAUUGAGGUGAAAAUACCAUGGUCUAAAGCAGAUAGAAAGGCAAAAGGUAUGUAUAUUAGUACUUAUCGAAUUAUUUCUUCUUUUGUAUGUUGUGUGUAGGGGCACAUGCUAACCAUCUUCACCUUCUAGCAUUAUAUUUCAACUCACCAAUGGCUUGCUCUCAGCUGGCUCAAUUAUUGCAAACAAGGUUGUGCCAGUUAAGAUCCUGAUCACCUCUGAAUUUUUCAGCUUUCUUUUUCACAACUGUUUAAUUGAGUUGUGAACAUAACUGCAAUGCUAGGGAUCUUCACUUGUUAAAUCUUUCUUCCACUGUUUCAAUAUUAUGAAGUCCCUACAUUCACUUUGGCUUUUUUGUCCCUUUUUUUUUUCUGUUUCAAAUUUUCCAACGAUACUAACUGGUACAGUGGAACCCUGCUCUCAAAUAUCUGCUUCAUACAGACGCAGACAGUUUUGGUUGUCCUGAUGAAACACUCAUAUGUUGUCUGUAAAAGUAACCUGCUUAUGUGCACAGGUUAAUAUGGACAACUGACACCAUUUUCUACCCAAAACACAAAAUAUAAAUUCUCAUAUUACCUCAACCUUGCUUUAUGGACACAGGUCAUUUGCGAACUAUGUGUGAUUAAUUUUCUUACCAGUGCAGUGUGCAAAGGAAGUAGUGUCCGAUAGCCCUGAGGCUAGUGAAUUUUGCCAUUGGGCUGCCAAAUUCUGUUCCUAACUUGCCCGAUGGGGAAGUGAAGUAUUUCGGGAAUUCAAAUUACAGAAGAACUGUGAAAUCAAUUCUGCUCAUCAAAACGUUUUGGGGCCUAAUUGAAAUAACGUUUGGGCUAGCACAUGCUUAACCUGCAUCUUGCCCAAAUGGUAAGCUGUAAAACUGAGUUUCUUUGCAUCCUUUGAGUGACAGUCCCCUUCAAUGUGGACACCUAAAUUAAUAAUACCGGUGGCAUAUCCUCUUGGUGUCCAUAUCAAACAGGUGGUACUGUAUUACUCUCUUUUGGUGGAAGGGUUCAUACUGAAGGACUCACUUUUUUAAAGGCCCGUUGUGGUAUUAAAUUUCAAAACAUUUGAUUUCAGGAGUUACACUUACCCUGUGGAGCAACCCAUUAUGUAAGGAGUUGUGUCCUGUGAGAGCCAUCAUUGCUUGGUUACUUGUAGCAGGUUUGUGAUUUCAAAUCUAAAUGCUUCUUGUGGCCACUUUCAUAAGCGUCCAGCUCUAGUUAUAACCUUUUACUAUAGUGAUCAACCCUGCUCACACAUCACAGAUAGGUUCAGACUCAUCUGCAUAACCAUCAUAAUAUCCAAUUCCAGUAAUUACCAAGUAGACAUUUUCUUUGCUUUCAGCUCGCUAUUUCUGCCCACCUUGCAAACUCAUGCAUCAGGAGUAACAUAUUAUCUAUAUGAGCUUGAUAUUCUAGAUAAGUUAGAGGUUGUUUUGAAUUGGAUGAAGUUGUUAAGUUUGUGUUGCAAGGUGCAUUUAAUUAUUUAUAUGUAUAUAUAAAUUAUGUUGGACCUUAUGUAUGAUUUUGUUAUCCUUUGUAACUUUCAAGAUAUUCGUAGUGGUUACCUCUUCCCAAGGAUUUGCAAAAACAACCUUACAUCUUUGCGAAACAGUGCUCGUGGUGUUACCACCUACAGGAAAACAUUUGUUGAGGUAUAAAUAAAUAAUAAUUUUGAUAUAUAUAAAAAUUUACUGAAAAUCUGCUUCUGCCACCGCUUGCUGCUUGAGUUGGGUGUAUUUGUAGACACCCGUAACAGACAGGUAUCAGGUAGAGAUAGUUGAAUUCUCAUGCUUUUAAUUGCUUCAAUGUCAAUCUCAUUUUUUCAAGAUGUCCAAGGCUCUCUUUGAGAAGGAAUUCACCACCCACAGCAUACGAAGAUCAGCAGCUCGAUGGGCAGCCCAUUGUGGGGCAGAUGAUAGUACUAUCAAAAGGGCGGGAAGAUGGUAAGUAUUUUCUUUUGUCCCCAAACAGGACAACAACAAAUUUCAUUUUUAAGUAACCAUAACUUUGUGAGGUUAAGGGUGUGGUACAUUCAUGGGGCAAUUGUCUCGCGCUUAUCUAAAUAUUCUGAAAUGUUUCUUUCAGAGACUCUGCAAUAUUUUCAUAUUGAUAGACUAUAGUGCACAUAUGCAUGUAAUAUUAUACUGAUAGAACUGUCCAUGUAUUUAUUUAUUUAUUAUGCAUUGGAAAAGGAGGGUUUUAUAAUCAGUUUUGAUUUUUCACAGUUUCCACAGAAACUGUAUUUAACAUCAUUUCAUGUAAGUAAGUAAGAAAACUGAGCGAUGGUUAGGUUCAAAACAAAGAGAUUCUAUUGCGCUUCAGUAAAAUCCAACUAGUGGUCUAUUAUCAAUGCUGCGUUCUGAUUGGUUGAGCUACUACUAGGCUAUAUGUUAUAGCCCACUAGUAGCGAAAAGCGCCGCCUUUUUGGCAGCAAAAAAGGAUUAAAGUAUAGCUUUAAGUAGCUAAAAUUUUUUUAUUCUCGAUACUCUUGAGCAACUAGUCAGAUUUUACUAAAACAAUUAUUCCUCUCGCCCUCAUGGCCUCUGAGUCAAUAGCCCAUUCGGGCUCGAGGAAUAAUUGUAACUAGUCGUUGCUUGUCGUUAAAUCACUUAAUUCCCGCAGCAAGCCGAUAAAAUCGCAGGUUUCCAGGCUUCACAAACUUUGAACACGUGCUCUCUCUAGAGAGCUGUUUUUUGAAUGUAGCUAUCAAGUCAAUUUGAACAAGCUUAAAGGGGAAAUGCUUAUCGGAUCGGCUGAUGAAUGGCUACUGUGGGCAGUCAGUGGGAGAAAAAAAAUGGCACUGCCUUCUAUUCGGUGCAGUUUACUAGGUCAUCGACUCAUUCACUUGUUUCAUGGAAAUAUGUGUACAUAUACUGAAAGUGUAAUAGUUUUGACUUAAACAACUAAAUCUAACAUUGUUUCAUUUUAGGAAAUCCAGUGCUUUCGAAUUGUACACUCAGGAUGCCAGAGCCGAAAUUAUUAAAGAACAACACGAUGGCAAUGUGCUGUUUGAUCAUAAAUUGUGGAUGUUUAAACCUUUACGAUAGUAUCAAGCAAUCAAGUCUAGAGUUUCUUAACCUCCUCUGGAAGCAGCUCAGUUUUCCCGUCUUUUUUUUUUAUAGAGAAUCUAAAUAAGUCAAUCCUGUGUGGACUAAAUGAAAACAUGUGUUUGACAAAUGCGCAGUCGGCUGCCGAAAAGAACCGUUAGUCAUGCAAUUGACCAGGAUUUCCUAUACGGACAAACCAAGGAUGGUCCUAAAUGAUUUUUCUUAUGUUGUUUAUUCUAGCCCCCAAGAAAUGUCGUGUUGUACAUUUGUGUUACACACGAAACGAUGGUGAUCCUAAAUGAAACUUCACAAAAUUUUAGACAGAAUUAUUAACAGAAUUAAGUCUAGUGCGUAGCUCGGAAAGGUUUAACUAGGAAAUAUAAGUUACGGAAACAUUUUAAUUUUUUUCUGCCAAUAAAGCCGCGAUGUAGGGUAAGGGUAGCCUGAAUUUCAUCCGAUUGCUUCUUGUCUGAGGGAGUAAAACUACUCGAAAUAAUCGGAUGAAAUUCAGGCUAAGGUAAGGAAGGGUAAGUCUUAAAGCCUAGUCCUUCAAGAUUUUUGAAAGCACAGUUUAACGUGAUCAAACCUGUACGAAGGCAUAAGCUCGCUUGUUUUACUUGAGAAUUAUUAGUCAAAUUUUAUUUAUAAUAUAAGAGGGAAAAGCUGGUAGGAAAUGAAAACAUACUAACCGAAAAAAAAAAAAGAAA